AUGCCCAAGAAAUCGAAAGGCUCCGUUUAUGCCACAUUGAGCCGACAUUUUGAAGACAGCUGGACGUCGGAAAUCAUGGCUAUGUCUUUUUCGGGUCUCUGCCUGAUUGCCAUGGUCAUAGUCUUGAGAGAGUUUGAUGGCCGGCCUGUGCCUGAACUUCCCGAUAUAGUGAACCUUAACGCUAUUGUUUCAACAUUGUCGGCUGCGGCAAAGUCAUCUCUCUUGUAUGGAGUCUCUGCAGCUCUUGGACAGGCCAAAUGGAGUUGGUAUUAUGGACCGAAAAAGCGACUGGACGAUUUCGAGGUUUUGGACGAGGCGAGCAAAGGCCCUCUGGGAUCCGUCCAGAUGCUGCUGGGAAGGACAAUUUUCUCAGUAGGAUCACUUGGCGCCAUCGUCAUAAUUAUUGCUCUCGCACUUGAUCCCUUUGUACAGCAAGUCAUUCUUGUUUCUUCAGAUCCUGUCUCAACAAAAGGCAACGAGGCCUGGACGGGGAUCGCGUUCUGGAAUCGACAAGCCAUAUAUGAACGGACUGCCCACUGCCCGACUGGAAACUGCACCUGGGAUCCUUUUUCAUCUUUGGGUUGGUGCGUUAAGUCUCAGACCAUCGCUGAUCCGGCAAGUAUCGAAUUGACAAAUUGCGACAUUGCGUACAACGAAACAGACUUUGACAGUAUCUACGAAACCUUUGCAUCACUCGGAGACCGCAAAACAAGCUCACGAACCUGCGAGAUUCAUAUUGAAAAUGCGACAACUCCACUGAACUAUCCCAUACAGUUUUCCCUGAGUGGAGGUCGUGGUCCCCUUGCCGUGAACCUCGCUGGAGAGGAACCGGAUCGUGUAACCACCCUACCUGUUGAGAUCAUGGCACCUUUGCAUAUAUUCAAUGGAAGUAUAAGCCAAGGCACUUAUCUUGGGGUGAAUAAUCCAAUCGUUGCUCUUGGACACGCCCGAUUCUCUGGAUCUGAUAUCAACAAGCGAAGAAGGAAGCCGGAAAUUCUUGAACACUCGGUCAUCUCGCUGUGCCAGAGAAAAUACAACGUGAGUGUUGUGGCAGGGCAGACCUUGACUCAGAUACUGGAGACGCAUUACGGACACUUUUACCAAGAUGAGGCAGCAGAUAUGAUACUCGGAGAGACCAGCUGGUGCUGGACCCCCGGUCAAGAAACACCGAGCUUCCAGGCCAUUUCGGGACAAUUCGCCAAUACUCCAUAUCUCCUAGACUCUGCAACAGCGUCGUUCUGUACCACGACCGACCAUCUUUCCCUAGGAAGCGACAUUGUGAGCCGGCUCGCCAGUGCCUCUACAUUGAACUUUACACACUCUGCAAAGGGUCAAGACAGUCAAGCUUCAUCACUUUCCUACCACGGAGCAAACAACACAUCCGGAGAGGACAUUCUGAAUAGGAUAUCAUCCCAAAGCUUGGGAAACAUAACCGGAGCACUUUCAGAAGCUCUGAAUAGUCUCUAUUAUGACGACAAACAAGAGUCAGUAUCGGGUCAUUUCAUUACGUAUCAAGCCACGGUUCAUGUGCGCUGGGAAUGGAUGACAUUACCCAUAUUCUUGGAAGUCUUGGGCAUCAUAUUCAUGCUCAUUGUCAUGUUUACCAAUCGUCGGAGGCCUUUAUGGAAAGGCUCAACUCUUGCCACUCUGUACCACGGAUUAGAAUACCCAUCAAACGGACAGGGCCUCCACAAGACGAGCGGUAUGCGGGAAAUGGCACAGUCGACUCGCGUCAACUUGAGAUACUCGGACCAGAUGAAUAAAAUGACGCUUCAAGCAUCACAACAUAACGAAGACAAUCGAAUAGGUCGCCCCGCCCCAGUUGUCGAGCCUGAAGUUACCAACACCGUUAUUGCCGCCCGAGAAAGAGAAGACCCAAGGCAUGGUGAUUUGCAAAGACGUUGA